AAUAAUGUGCGCUUCCCGUGUUCUGUAUUCACGUGGAGUCAAUACAUUUUGGUGAACUCGGCAGACCACGAAAAGUAAUCGAAGAUGACACAGAUCGGGGGAGUAAUAAAACCAAAGAACAAGCGUUCUAAGCGCUUCCUGGAAAACAGAGCACCCAAGUUGACUGAGAAUGUCAAGAACGCUAUGAUAAUGAAAGGAGGGAAUGCUAAUCUGACCGUUUCACAAGCACUAAAGGAUAUUUAUGCCCUGAAGAAACCGAAUUCCGUGUUGUAUAAAAAGAAAAAUAUAACCAGGCCGUUUGAAGACUCGACAUCACUGGAAUUCUUUUCAAAGAAAUCGGAUAGCUCGUUAUUUUUAUUUGGCUCACACAACAAAAAGCGCCCUAAUAAUCUAAUAUUUGGUCGUCUGUUUGACUUUCAUGUGCUGGAUAUGAUUGAGCUUGGAAUUGAGAAGUAUGCUUCCUUGACUGACAUCAAGACCAGCAAAUGUCCAGAGGGAACAAAACCAAUGCUGGUGUUUGCAGGGGAUUCUUUCGAAACAGACAAUGAGCACAAACGCCUAAAGAGUUUACUUACAGAUUUUUUCAGAGGCCCUGCUGUUUCCACAGUUCGUCUUGCUGGCUUGGAGCAUGUACUCCACUUCACUGCUCUAGAGGGGAAAAUUUACAUGCGCAGCUAUAGAUCUCUGUUGAAGAAAUCUGGGUGUCGGACCCCCAGGAUUGAACUGGAGGAGAUUGGGCCGUCCUUUGACUUUGUCCUGAGAAGAACACACCUUGCAUCAGAUGAUCUGUACAAGAAGGCCCACAGGCAGCCCAAGGCUCUGAAGCCCAAGAAGAAGAAGAAUAUAUCUCACGACGUCUUUGGUACCAAGUAUGGUCGGCUGCACAUGCAGAGACAGGAUCUGGGCAAGUUGCAGACACGCAAGAUGAAGGGUCUGAGGAAGAGGAGGGGACCAAAGGUUGAAGUUGAGGCACAGCCUGCUGAAGCUGUCAAAGUUGACGAAUGAAGUCAAUGUUUAUUAUAAUUUGACUCCCAAUCUGAAAGUUGUAUUGUUGAACCAAUAAUUUCAGUGAUCCUUUUGUUGGUUUGCGAGGUUUCCCAUGUAUACACGUUCUCAUGUCAGGUCGUGACAUGACGAAGAAUGUGGCAUGCCUGCAAGUAUUUCUUGCCAUAAGGGUCAAAUUCUCCCUUGGACAUAUUCAUGUUUAUUGUUAAUUUCUCAUGACGUGCUAGCCUUACAUGUAUUUUUUCUCUGUGUACUUAACUUCCCAUUUGAAUUUCUUUAAACAAUAGUCCUCGAUUGAAUCUUUAAUGAAUGGUCAUUUUCACCUCAAGAAACCGGUUCCGUUUUUUGUACAGAAGAGGUCGCUGGCAAAUAAUAUUUUGAAAAACGUUGA